AUGGAGAUGUACACCGUGGUCCCUUUCCUGCCCACGGAGGAAGAAGAGCCGCUCCCCGGCGUCUCCGACUUCCGCGGCCGCCCUGUCUGCCACGCCAACUCCGGGGGGUGGCGCUCCGCCUUCUUCGUCGUCGCGGUGGAGGUGGCUUCCACUUUCGCCAGCUACGGCGUGUCGGCGAACCUGAUCAUGUACAUGACGGGGCCGCUGGGCCAUUCCAACGCGGCUGCCGCGGCGGCGAUGAACGUCUGGUCGGGGACGGGCAGCCUCAUGCCGCUGCUCGGCGCCUUCGUCGCCGACUCGUGGCUCGGCCGAUACCGGUCCAUCAUCCUCGGAUGCACUCUCUAUGUCCUGGGAUAUGGCAUGAUCACUCUAACGUCCAUGCUCCCGUCGCUGCCCGGCGACAAUGUCGAUUUCUCUUCCCGCCCUUUGUCCUUGAAAGUGGCCUUAUUCUACACCUCCCUGUACACCCUUGCCUUUGCGCAUGGCGCAAAUAGUCCCUGCGGCCUAGCCUUUGCGGCCGACCAGUUCGACCCCGACCAUCCCAAGGAGUGCACGGCCCGUGGCUCAUUGUUCAAUUGGUGGUACUUCUCCAUAGCCAUCGGCAUUGCUGUCGCCAUCGCCACGGUGAGCUACACCCAAGAGAACUUUGGUUGGGCAAUCGGAUUUGGCGUGCCCUGCGCCAUCAUGAUUUGCGCCUUCACCGUCUUCCUCCUUGGCACCCCCACCUAUCGCCUUGGCGUACCCAUCCCCGGUGCCAAGAGCCCCUUUGUUCGUCUCGCACGCAGCCUUGCAAUAGUACUUGCAACGAAAAGGCACCACCAAGAGCUCCAAGAAGUCGAUGAAGAUGCCAAGACGUCGGAGGAGGCGCAAGGCGUGCUACGUCUGCUGCCGAUCUGGGCAGCGUGCCUAGCGUACGGCGUGGUGUUUGCGCAGAUCAUGACACUCUUCAACAAACAGAGCCGCACGCUAGAUCGUCGCGUCUUCGGUGCCGGCAUGGAGCUCCCGCCGGCGGCGCUGCAGACGUUUGGGCCGGUGGCCAUCCUUGUUUUCGUUCCCAUCUAUGACCGUGUGUUGGUGCCAGCGCUACGUUCUGCCACGGGCAACCCAUCAGGGUUGACGUUGCUGCAACGCGUGGGCACGGGCAUGGCCGUGUCACUGGCGGCCAUGUGCGUUGCCGCUCUGGUGGAGGCCCGGCGGCUGGAGACGGCACGGGAGCACGGCCUCGUGGACGAUGCCAGUGCAACGGUGCCGAUGAGCUGGGCGUGGAUGGUGCCGCAGUACGUGAUGAUCGGGGUGGCGGACGUGUUCGCGGUGGUCGGGAUGCAGGAGUUCUUCUACGACCAGAUGCCCGACGAGCUACGCAGCCUAGGCCUCGCGCUCUUCUCCGGUGUGAUGGGCAUCGGUAGCUUCAUCAGCGGCGCGCUCAUCUACCUCAUCGACGGCGUCAGUAGUAGUGACGGCGGUGAUAGCUGGUUUGCCGACAACCUGAACCGCGCCCACCUCGACUACUUCUACUGGCUGCUGGCCGGGCUCAGCGCCGCCGAGCUGGCGCUCUACCUCUACUUAGCCAGAUCCUACGUGUACAACCACAAGACGCUCCGCUGA